AUGGCGGCUACACGCAGAUUGGGAAAGGUAGGCUAUCUUUAAAAGUGGAAUGCUUCUGAUAAUAUCAGUGAAUUCUGUCAAUUUGGAUAUAGAUUUUUUAAUUAAUGUUUCAGUAAAAGAUUAGUGGACAGAGAAAUGGAAACCUGCGAAAAAUUUGAGCAAAAUGUUGCGGAAAUCUUGUUCCGGUCUUGUUGAGUGAAAAUGAUUUGGAUCCCUAUGACAUUUGUCUCCGUUUUAAACUCCAGCUGUCUAGAUCAGUUUAGUUUUUGGUUUGAUAAUCGUGGUCUUAAAUACGUAUUUGUUAAGCAUUAGUUUUCUAGUUUGCAAUGAUGAGAAUGUAAUUCACUGACCUGAAUACCAUUUGGUGCUGUUUUUAUUACAUCACUGAGACAGAAUAAUUUGCAAUUGGCCAAAAUGUCGGCAUUGACAGGGGUGUUCUCUGCUUUACAGGAACUCUCAGAAAUCAGAGGUUCUAGUCAGAAAAUAUUUCGUAAUAUUACGGUAGACGAGUGCAAUAUUCUAUACUGGCAAGGGUUAAUCAUACCGGUAGGUAUCUUAAUCUCUCUGAAACUUGCUUUAUUUUAAUUUAUACAUAAUGUGGCUCGGAAAGGUUUUGUUUCGAUUUAACUUCCGUUAUCGUUCUACAAAUUAAUCUGGUUUCACCUUUCAUGGAAGAUUUUGCGAUAACUUACCUUUGAAAUAAGUCUUAAAACUUGUUGCUGCGUCUGCAUAACAUAAAAUCUCGUUCUUUCCUUAACUGUUGUUAAAAAUUUUUAUUCAGGUAAACUCUGUUACAUCUAUUAUUCAAUUUAUGGGUGUAGGAUUAUGCGAACGGUGCCUUUUAUGAGCUUUAAUUACAACUUGGAAUUAUUAUGAGGUAUUUUGAAUAAUGAUAUAAGCUCUCUUUUCCAGAAUUUCCCCUCCUUUGUUGGCAAUAUCGCAGAAAACUUUGUAAAGUUUAUGGGGAUAUAGAUUUUUCUUUUGUUAUAUGAUUUCACUUGAUUAAAUGACUUGAAUAUACUUUGUUGUGUACACACACCAAUCUGGUUAGUGUUCUCACAUAUUUCUCUUGUUGAUUAAAAUCUGUUACCAAGGAUUUUAUUUCAAAAGCUACUCUGCAGUGAACCAAAUUCUCCAAAAAAUAUCAACAAAUAUUGUAGAUAAUUUACACAUUGAUAUAUAUAAAGCUCCUGCUGUUCCUUUACAGGAUCAGCCACCCUACAACAAGGGAGCUUUUAGGAUUGAGAUUAAUUUUCCUGCAGAAUAUCCUUUUAAGCCUCCAAAGGUGAGAAAAAUAUUAAUAGAUUGCUAAAGUGAAAAUAAUGGAUGAAAAACGAUGCAAUACAUCUUAUUGGUCAGUUUUUAUAUGUAUGGUAGUUAGUGCACCCUAAUGGUUGAUUGACUGGACUUCAAUUCAAGAUGUCUGAACCAAUGAUCUUCAGUGAUGUCUCUCAGCAUCUCUUUCUAUGCGGGAAUUUAAAUGGGUUCUUAAAACCUGUCAGAGAAACUAUUUGAAGUGAUGGAUUGGUCUAUUUUCAUUUAGUGUUCUACCCUACUAUUCUUUUGAUUGUCAGGAUAAGUAGAAAAACUUUUGGCAUGUUAAUUUGGCAAGAAGGUUGCCACUUUGAUAAUAUUUUUCUUGGUUCUGCCUAUAAUUUUACUGAAUAUUAGAAGCAGCUGAUAAGAAUGAAUUUUAUGCAAAAAAAACUGUUUGUAGUAUUACCUACUUACAAUUUACCCUUUUUUCAGAUUACAUUUAAGACGAAGAUUUAUCAUCCCAACAUUGAUGAAAAGGGUCAAGUAUGUUUGCCAAUCAUCAGCCCAGAAAACUGGAAGCCAGCAACAAAGACAGAUCAAGGUUUGUACAGGGUGGAUGUAAAAUUUAGACAGUUUUCUUUAUUUAUAGGCAAACAACCAUUUUUUUAAACUGCAACGUGUACAACUUGGAACUACCUUGUGGUGAAAAUUAGUACUAACAAAAAAGUCAGUGAAUUGUAAGAAUUCUCAAUUUGUGGUGAUAAUCUUGUGCCAAAUUUGGGGCUAGAAAUCAGUGAUUAUGAACAUUAUAGGGUGUGCAAGUUGCACACACUUAUGUAUCUGCCAAUUUAUCCUUUUUAUCUCCAUGAUCUGAGCUUGAAUUCUCACUCUGCUUUAUGCAUUUGGAUGUGAGUCAGUGACAAGAAAUUGGUUUUGUAUAUGUAUCAACAUAAUAAGUGAUGAGUUUGUCUAGUCUAAUUGUCUGAUUUCUGGAUGAUUUAAUAAACUAGCGAGACAAAUUUACAUGUUAAUGGCAUUUGGGACUGAAAGGGUUGAAACCUUGGCUGUGUAAUAUAUACUCUGUCAAUUUCUUUUUCCAGUUAUUCAAGCUCUUGUGGCACUUGUUCACUCACCUGAACCAGAGCAUCCUCUCCGUGGAGAUCUAGCAGAGGAGUAUACGAAGGAUAAGAAAAAGUUCAUGAAGAAUGCUGAAGAUUAUACCAAGAAAUAUGCUGAAAAGAGACCCUCAGAGUGACCCCUUGUUAUAAAUACUUGACUGUUAAUUCUAGAGACACAAUUAUGUCAAAAUCUAGCUUUUGGCAUGUAAUUUGUAUAUCCAUUGCUAAAGAUGCUUUUCUGUAGUAACAGAUAUUAGUAGUAGUCUUUUAUGUUUGUAAUAGUCUGCUGGCUAACUUUUAUCUCUUAUCAACCAAAUGUAUUCAUUGGUAAUAUCUCUGGCUCUCAUUUGAAAAAAUAUUCAUAUCUUUUCUGGAUUAGGUGCAAACUGAUAUUUCCCAUCCAUGGAUAAUUUUGCAUGUAUGAUCUAUGAGGGAAUUAGGUGAUUUCUUGUCACUGCUGUAUACAAUGUUUUCUUCUCCAGAAAUUUCAAGUGAAAGAAACUAAUAUAGGUUGUUGGUUCUCUUUUUAGUUACCUUUUGAUAGACUCUCAAGUGCAAAAAUAUUUUGAUUGGUGCUUUCCUUAAUAUCAAAGGGAUUAUGCAGUGGAUGUAAAGGAAAACCAAAGCUGUCUGAAAUCAAACUUGACAUUGCUGUCAACAUUUGCCUAUAUAUGGGUAAGAGGGGUAAAACCCCAUAUAUGGGUAAGAGGGGUAAAACCCCACACGGAAAUCAAAUUUCAAGUACACUCUUUCUUGGUACUUAGUGUUAUAUAGUGGUUUGCUUUGUCUCCUCUGUGUAAAGUGUACAAGGAAUAUAUCGCCUCUCUGGUCCUUCAUUGCCGUAGAGAGAGUUUUAACUUUGAGGUUUGGUUUGCAAUUUAGACAAAGUGAUUGUACCAAGAAAGUUGAGUCGCAUGGUUCUAUAACUAUGAUGGCUGUGGCAAAUUUUGGUGUACCAGAAGGUGCCACGUUUCAAUGGAGUGUUCAUGUGAUCAGACCUUAACCCUUUACACUCUAACAUCAGUAUGCAUAUUCUCCAUACUGUUUUCUAUACAAUUUCUAACAUGCUGACAAAGAGAAUUUGUUUAUCAAUCAAGAGAAUAUUUAAUUGGUGAUCAUUUCCUUUAUUCUCAUGACCUUACUGUGUGAUAUAGGGGUUAUAAUGUUGGGAGAAAUUAGAUGCUUGUCACUCUCAGGGUUGAAGGGUUAAGGGUCAAAAUGUUCUUCAUUGGUGACUUGUUCUUCCUCCUAAAAGCCACAAUCUUUUGUAUCAAGGACUUUGACGUAACCCUUAACUCUCCUUAGUCAUCUCGAUAUGGGUUUUUUAUCAAAUUCAUGAGAGAGAAACAGUUGACUUUCAGAGCUAGCCUAGAGAUGUAAAUGGCUAAGGUUUUUGUGUUGUGAUUGAUGGGAGAUUAAACAUAUCUAAGUAUGAUUGUACACAGCACUGCCAUUAGCUGAGUUUUCUGUUUAGAGAUGGUAGCCAGUGUGUGAUAUGUUCAAGUUGUUUGUAUAUUGCACUGUCGCUCAGUCACUCAAACUCUCAUGUAGCCUUAAGUGUUUUCGAUUUUUGAAUUAAAGAUUGACCCAGUUUUGUUGAUAAGCUUUGUGUUUUGCUAUUCAAUAUCUACUACAAGUUGGAAUUAAAAUUUUCUGACUUGGUAACAAAAAAUUAUUUUAACCUUAAUGUAUGGUGUAAAAUGAAAGUUUAACUGGAGCACAAUUAAUUAUCCUGAUUUUGAUGAAAUAAAUCAUCU